AACGGGAGGAAGAAAGGUGUUUGGGCCUGUGCGGACGCCGUAGGCCUUUCUCAACUCGGCUGUCGUCGGAAAAUUCCGCGACCCUUCUCGGAUCUCGCACCGGCGUGCCUGAACGGAGAGCGUGCGUGGCAACGUUUUGUGGCCCGAAGUUAGUGGCGGUAACUGUGCCGCCGCGGGGUUUUCGCCACCAUGAGCCGGAGUUAUAACGAUGAGCUGCAGUACCUGGAUAAACUCGACAAGAACUGCUGGCGCAUCAAGACGGGCUUCGUACCGAACAUGAACGUGGAAGGUGUUUUCUACGUGAACGAUCCUUUAGAGAAACUGAUGUUUGAAGAGUUAAGGAACUCUUGUCGAGGGGGAGGUGCUGGCGGCUUCCUGCCAGCCAUGAAACAAAUUGGAAAUGUGGCUGCGCUGCCUGGCAUUGUCCAUAGAUCUAUAGGACUUCCUGAUGUCCAUUCUGGCUAUGGCUUUGCCAUUGGUAACAUGGCUGCCUUUGAUAUGAAUGACCCAGAAGCAGUGGUAUCACCAGGCGGUGUCGGCUUUGACAUCAACUGCGGUGUACGGCUGUUGCGUACCAAUCUCGAUGAGUGUGAUGUCCAGCCGGUGAAGGAGCAGCUGGCCCAGUCCAUGUUUGACCACAUUCCUGUUGGUGUGGGAUCGAAGGGUGUCAUUCCUAUGAACGCCAAGGAUUUGGAGGAGGCUCUGGAGAUGGGGGUGGACUGGUCCCUGCGUGAGGGUUACGCCUGGGCUGAGGAUAAAGAACAUUGUGAAGAAUAUGGGAGGAUGCUGCAAGCUGAUCCAAAUAAAGUUUCUGCAAGAGCUAAGAAAAGGGGUUUGCCUCAGCUGGGGACUCUUGGAGCAGGAAACCAUUACGCUGAGAUUCAAGUUGUGGAUGAAAUUUAUAACGAGUAUGCUGCCCGGAAGAUGGGCAUAGACCACAAGGGACAAGUGUGUGUGAUGAUCCACAGCGGCAGCAGAGGCCUAGGCCACCAAGUAGCUACAGAUGCCCUGGUUGCUAUGGAGAAAGCUAUGAAGCGAGACAAAAUCAUUGUGAAUGACCGCCAGCUGGCUUGUGCCAGGAUUGCUUCCCAAGAAGGACAGGAUUAUUUGAAGGGAAUGGCAGCAGCUGGAAAUUAUGCGUGGGUCAAUCGUUCUUCCAUGACUUUCCUCACCAGACAGGCAUUUGCCAAAGUGUUCAAUACCACCCCUGAUGACCUGGAUUUGCAUUUGAUCUAUGAUGUCUCUCACAACAUCGCGAAAGUAGAGCAGCAUGUGGUGGAUGGGAAGGAACGGACUCUGUUGGUACACAGGAAAGGAUCGACUCGGGCUUUCCCUCCACAUCAUCCCCUCAUAGCUGUCGAUUACCAAUUGACUGGCCAGCCAGUGCUGAUUGGUGGGACUAUGGGAACGUGUAGCUAUGUCCUUACUGGUACAGAACAAGGCAUGACUGAAACUUUUGGAACCACCUGCCAUGGAGCGGGCCGUGCGCUGUCCCGAGCCAAAUCUCGACGCAACUUGGAUUUCCAGGAUGUCUUGGACAAGCUGGCUGAUAUGGGAAUUGCAAUCCGUGUUGCUUCGCCCAAACUGGUCAUGGAAGAAGCACCUGAAUCUUACAAGAAUGUGACAGAUGUGGUGAACACCUGCCACGCAGCUGGCAUCAGCAAGAAAGCCAUUAAACUGAGGCCCAUUGCAGUUAUAAAAGGCUAGUGAAACUGACCAGAAUUACUAUUAUACAAGACCUUUUUGCCAACCCUAGUGCUUGGUGACUGUAUUCUCUGUCUCAAUGGAGACAUCAGCUGACAUAGAUUCUUUGUUGGAACUCAUGGAAGUGAGGUGUGUGAAGAAAAUGUUCUUUGUUUUGAGGAAGGGAUAAACCAAGGUAUGUUGCUAUCUUAUUUUAAGAAGCAAACUCUGAAACCAGUUGAAUUUCUUUUAGCAGACUGUUGUAGUCACCUUUGCAGAUGACUUGCAAUAGGUUGCUGCAACUGGGGAAGUUUUUCUGAUCCGAGCCGAGUAAGGCAGUCUUUCAUUUUGCAGACCUAAAAGUCUAGAUCCCUGUGAAAUAGCUGAAUUCAGUUCAUGGUCCUGUCAAUAGAUGUUCUGAGUGGUUGAAAGAGAAAUGUUGUGUGCUUGAAUUACAAGAAAGCUUGAUAUUGCCACACAGUUGACAAUUGGCCCACAAACGCUCUUUGUAAAAGUCCUUGAUCAGAUCAUUGCAUUGCGAUCUCUGAACUAAUAGAGGAAGCUGUAGUCUAAGGGUAAGUUUAUCUCAGUUAUUUUGCCUCAUGGCAUGUCCCAGAAUGAGAGAAGUGUUUUAUGUUUAAGAAUGGAGAUUUUGUUCGAAUGCCAGGGUAACAACCCUUUCCCUUCUAAUUAAACUCUGGAAGAAUAUUUA